UCCAUGUUGUUGGUCUGAACAGGAGUUGCUGAGCAGCCGGAGGACUGACUGAGUCUGCUCUGAACAUACGUACAGGACAUAACACACACAGUCACACCACACGCUCUACGGUUACAGGAAGUGACACACCCAGAAAACCAGAGGAGCCAGUUCUCCAAAAUGAACCAAAAAGCAGAAACCGUCCUUGAUGAUGUCUACGCAUACAGCCUGUCCAGGGCGCUGAUUAAGGUGGCACCACCGGCUACUGUGGGCCUGUUCUCCAACUGCCCGAGCCGGACAGAAACGGUUCUGAAGAAAAUCAGGACUUACAUGAACCGAGAGGCGGAAUGGCGGGAUAAGAAGCACAAAGACGACAGGCCCAAUCCAGCUUCCAGAAGUUUCCUCUCCCUCCUCCUCUCCAUUGUCUUCUUGCGGCCCAUGUGGAGUGAGGAAGAGGAGCGGAGGAGGAAGAGGGUGCGGUGGAUAUUCGUGCGGUUUAGCGCUUGGCACUUUGCGGGCUGUGACAAGCUCUGGGCAGGCUUGGUGAUCCGCCUCUUCAAGGCCCUCCAGAAGGAUUUUGGAGUGAUCCCGCUGUCUGUGUACCGGUCCAGCCAGCAUCCUUACCCUAAGAAGAUCCAGAGGGGAGGCAAGGAGACCAGCUGGAAGUUCAGGAAGUUUCUCUUCGUGCCACUUUGGUUAGCUGUUCUAUUUGCGAUUGUCAUAAGCAUCGGAGCGAGCGUUGUGCUUAUCAAGUCCGGCUUCCAAAUGAAACGUGAGAUCGCACUGACCUGGACAACGCUAAUGGAGUCGGUGGCCAUCGGAGCCCUGGCUCUUCCUGCCAUGGCAGGCCUGCGCUUUUUCUUACUUACAUUCAAAAACCUGUUCUACAACCAAGGCAGGAACAUUCUGAAGAAGAUGAACAGCACAACAGUCAGUGAUCAGCUGGGGUUUAUGAACAAAGUGAGGAAAGAGGUAGCUGUGUUGGCCGACUUCAUCCACUUCAUGGAGAUCUUUGAGAAGAGGAAAGUGCGGGUGGUUCUGGAGAUCACCAACCUGGAUCGCUGCAGCCCUGAUAAAAUAAUUCAGACACUGGAAGCCAUCAAUAUCCUGUUGUCAGGUGACAAUGUGCCAUUCGUUUCCAUUCUAGCUAUAGACCCAAGUGUUGUUGUGAAGAGCUUGGAGAACUCUAUUUUCUUUGCCAGAUCACACUCGAACAGCUAUGAUUUUCUGAAUCAGAUUGUUACCCUGCCAUUCAACGUGCCUGAAAUGUGCAUCGAGUCUAAGUGUUCGGCAUUCAAAGUGCUUGCCAACAGUCAUCUCGAAGUGUGCACAGUGGAAGAGGAAAGUGACGAGUCUAGAGAUCUGAACUCAAAAAAAUCUAUUCAGCUCUCGGUGCUUGGGGACGCUGAGAGCACAGUCCCUUUCAUUAGAAAAAACAAAUGGGACGAGGGGUCUCUUGAGAUGGCACUGACAUGGGAGAUCUGGGCAAAAAAAGUCAAAACAAUGACCAAGGAGGCUUUAGAGUUUACAUACGAUCAAAGCAAACCACUGCACAUGUACCUGUUCGGAAACAGUGUGCACAUGCGAAGGAUUAUCAACUCUGUGCGAGUCUCCAUCAUAGUCAUGGAUGCUGCUUAUGGCGGUGAUGUUGUGGCAUCAGACAUUGCCACCUGGGUGGUUCUGGCCAAUAACUGGCCGUGCCGACUGAGUUGGAUUCUGCAAUGUGUGGAGGACUGGCAUCAGAGGGCAGACAUGCACGAGAGCGUCAGUGCGCCGACGCUAACUAAACCGCUUUGGGAGGUCUUCAUUGAGUCCAGGCAUGAACUACAAGAACUCCAGAGCAGCACUGAAUGCAUUCUAGAGCAGGACGGAGACCCAGAACUGUUUCAGAGGUUCCUAAAAGUGGAUUUUAGAUUCACGGUUAGAGAGGUGGUGAGGUUUAAGCCAUGCACUGUCAACCUGGACCACUCCAUCAAGAAAGAAUUAGCUAGGUUUAGAGAGAAUAGAAGGAGAAACAUCGCUGCAAACAACUCCCGUGUACGUCCCCAGAUAGGGAAAAUUGCUGACAUGAGCACAGACGACAUUGGCAAUGAGAUGGAGAGGUUGAACCUGCCAGAGAAGUGCCAGCAGUUGCUUAUGGCCAGUGGACUUGAUGGGGCAGCCUUGGCUUAUGGAAAUGAAGACGAAAUAAGACAAACCCUUCAGAUGACUUCACAGGAGUGGAGUAUCCUCUACAGACGCCUCAUGGGACUGAAAACAUGCAGUAAACACUAAAUCGUAUAGGAUACUGAUUAAGUUAAUAUUAUGAAAUGAGAAAAAUGCAGUUUUCCCAUUAUUGAAUUUGAACACAAGUAGUUUACAUUUGCUGAAUACCUUCUAGUUGUCUUUUUUUCUUACAUGGCUUUUUUUCACAACAUAAAAGUUAAAUUCUGUUGAGAACAAAAUGUACAUAGAAGAUGUAUUUUAGCCUU